AUGAAUGCUGAAGCUAAGAAGAAAGUUGAUGUUUUAUCAGAAGAACUGUUACCAUACAUAAUAGCAGAACAAGAGAGACGCACGACUUUAUAUAAAAGGAUAAUGACUGCUAUACAAAAUGGAGAAAAAGGAGUCACUAUAGCAGAGAUCAGGAACAAGCCACCUCUCUUAAUAAGAAAAGGACUGCUUUAUCGGUGUCCAACAAAUCGGCCACCUAAGGAACCAGACGGUUCUGGUAUACUAAUGUGUGAGGAAGAGACUGAACCAAAACAAAUCAUGUUUGACUCUUGCCUCAGCGCUGAAGAUAAGGAAUUGUAUGUCGCCGAGAGUAAAUAUUUCUUCUGUAAUCGUCAUAAAAUAGAAGGCCCGGACUUACCACGUAAUGGGUCCACGGUUAUCGGCUGUGCGCCCAUUGAAAGGACUUCACUUAAUUACACCACGAGCAAAUGUGCAUUGGAAGAUACAGAUGACGUCGUCGUUCAUUAUCGAUACUAUCCAGAUAGAACUUAUAAGUUUGUGACGGAACUGGAUCCCGAUAGAGAAGUUUGCGAUCAUUGGAAUCCUUGUCAAAUAGGGUACAUUUUUAGUCUACCUUCACCGGACCAGGCGUUACCAGCAAGUGAAUUGUGGCAUGACUACGAGGACAGUCUUGAAGAAUAUGUUCCACCCAAUGUUAAAAGUUAUACAACCACUAGAAAAAUUUCUUGUCCGGAAGGCUACACAUAUCAUUGUUUGUAUUACCGAACAGAAGAAUCAUACGUUUUAGACGAAAAAUUUUACACUGCAAACGCCAGCCGUUGCGGCCGAUAUGCAAAAUUAACAAUUCAAAUUAAGGAUUGGGCAAAUAACAAUCUUUAUAUGGACAUUUUGGCUCACUGUAUACAUAAAAUUCUUAAGUUCAAAAAAUAUACACUCGCUCCAGUGGUAAAUUUAGUAAGAAGUAAAGUAUCAGUCUCUCCUCGAUCUAUGCAAGUUCUACGCGGUCAAACACAUAACUCUACGUCUAUACCGUACCGCUGCAGACGAUGCCGGAUCGACUCCAUUCUCGUUCGAACGACUAGUAACGCCAUUUACUUGUUAGACGCAUCAAAAUAUCGUGUACGAGAUUAUAUCGACAGACAAGGAAAACGUCAGUAUAUAUUAGAAAUAGAAGUUGACGGCAAGACGCAGUUAAAUUUUGGCGAUUAUUUCGUGAAUAUGGUGAACGAGGAUGGUUUCGAGGAAAGAUUGAAAGUGUUGACAGUUACAUCACCAGAUACCGUAAUAAAAGUAAAUCAUGAAAUCGCCGCCUACGACCCUGGUAAACCCGUGGAGCAUGCUGUGAAUUAUUCGUGUGAAAACUGUGUCCUCUCUGACGUUCUUUGCAAUGGAGAGAGUUUGCUUUCAACCGACAAAGUGUCCAUUACGCAUGCUAAAAAGACAGUCACUUUUAACUUUCCUAGGUUUGAGGAUACUGAUGCCUGUGUAUACAUGGGUAUUUUUAAUGAAAGUGGAAAACUACUAACAAAAGUUUUAGCUAUCAUCGAGACUGCAAAUGUUCCACAAACGCAAGUUAUAAAUUCGCCGAACGACGGAGAACAAUUCGAGUAUGAAGUUCCCUACAGUUGUGACAAUUGUGUCGUUGAAUCGGUGUACGUAAAUGGUUUACCAUUGGAAACUUCCUACAGAAGAAAUUUCAUUGGCUCAAUAGCGUUUUAUGUCGUAUCACCGUCAGCUAUAACAAUCCGUAUAACUGAGUUUACAUCUGCCUACGAAGGAGUGUAUCAAGCGGUUUUCAAUGUAGAUGACCAAAAGAUCACAAAAACCAUUUUGGAAAUAAAAUAUGUAUCUGAAGAUAGUUCAGAAAAUGCAGUGGCAACUUCCAGUGAAGAUGAAGGUACGACUGAGACCAGUACUGCAGACUCUGGUACGACUGACACCGGUACUACUGACACCGGUACUACUGACAGCGGUACUACUGACACCGGUACUACUGACACCGGUACUACUAACACCGGUACUACUGACACCGGUACUACUGACACCGCUACGACUGCCAACGGGACUACAGUUACUGGAACCCCAACAAAAAGCGCAUAA